CUUUGUAACAAUCGACCCACUUAUAAAGAAAAAUUAGGGAUCUCCUCCACUUCAUCCCUUCUCUCAAAUCUCCUCUCGCGUUUUCUCACAAACAUGUCGACGAAGAAGAUCGUGUUGAAGAGCUCCGAUGGCGAGUCUUUCGAGGUCGACGAGGCGGUGGCUCUCGAGUCUCAGACCAUAGCCCACAUGGUUGAAGACGACUGCGUCGACAACGGAGUCCCUCUUCCCAACGUCACGAGCAAGAUCCUCGCCAAGGUGAUUGAGUACUGCAAGAAGCACGUCGACGCUGCUGCUUCCAAGAGCGAGGCCGUCGAUGGCGGUGGCUCCUCCGACGAUGACCUCAAGGCUUGGGAUGCUGAGUUUAUGAAGAUCGAUCAAGCUACCCUCUUCGAACUCAUCCUGGCUGCUAAUUAUCUGAACAUCAAGAACCUGCUCGACCUUACAUGCCAGACAGUGGCUGACAUGAUCAAGGGCAAGACUCCGGAAGAGAUUCGCACGACCUUCAACAUCAAGAACGACUUUUCACCAGAGGAAGAAGAGGAGGUGCGCAGGGAGAACCAAUGGGCUUUUGAAUGAUGCGUGAGAGUGGGAGAGAUCGUUGAAGCAAACCAACCAGUUUCUUGCUUUAUGUUGUUGCCUUUUUAUCUCUGUGGAUGAUCAGUGUGGAUGAUGACUUUGUGUCUUCUCUGUUAUUUUCCUUUUGAAUUUCAUGACUAUUAAGAACCAAAUGUUGGAUUUAUGCUUUUCAUGUCUUAAAGAGUGAGGUUGGUUUGCCUUGCAAAUAUCUUGAUCU